GCUCUCCAUAUCAUCAUCACCACGCCCGUGUACCCCGCAAUACCGACUCUUCACUACACACCAUAACUCCCAUCAUGGCUUCCCGUCGAGGCGUCGGGCUCGGCGCUUUUGCAAAUCGCACUCAAGCUAGCCAGUCGUACGCCAACCAUGGCGCAAAUCUACGCUCUACACACCUCUCAUCGUUACAAACCCAACUAUCGGUAUUCCAGUCACUACUGCAUACCUUCGCCCUAGAACACAGCUCAACUAUCAAAUCCAAUCCCACGUUCCGGGCAGAGUUCGCCCGUAUGUGUAACGCUAUCGGAGUCGAUCCCCUCGCAGCGAGCAAUGUCAAGGGCAAAACUGCGCGCAAAGGGCUAGGUGAGGCCGCCAGCUUCUGGACACAGAUCAUGGGAGGAGAUAUGAACGACUUUUACUUCGAGGUUGCUGUUCGGGUGGUCGAGCUUUGCCGGGAGACUCGAAGCGAAAAUGGGGGGUUAAUAGGUGUUGAGGAGUGCCGGAAGCGAGUCAGCAAGGGUAAGGCCAUUGGAAGUGGCCUAGCGGUUACAGAUGACGAUGUACUUCGCGCUGUGAAAUCUCUCGAACCACUAGGCUCCGGCUUCUCCGUCAUCCUCGUCGGAAGCAAGCAAUAUAUCCGCUCUAUCCCGAAAGAGCUCAAUACAGAUCAAGCUACCGUGCUUGACGCGAUCCAAAUACUAGGCUACGUGAGCGUAUCCAUGCUGCAGCUCAAUCUGAAUUGGGAAAAGGCCCGCGCACAGACUGUCCUCGACGAUCUCCUGGCGGACGGGCUUGUCUGGGUGGAUCUUCAAUGCCCAGAGAAAGAAUAUUGGUCUCCUCAAUGUCUGCUUGGAGAUGACGAUGAGAGCUGAUUCCGAGGCGGCAAAUGGUCUAUCGCCUUGUCCGACAGUCAAUCCUCACGUUCCUCCUUCUGAUAUUACUGUCUCUACAACGAAUACUCCGUAUGGAGUGCUUCCGGCUAAUCGCCACGGUCUAUCGCACCACCCAACCAGCAGCACCGGAGAACCUCGGAGCUUCGGAACUAGAAGUGCAUGCACAACUGCUACGGGCUCGGAUUUCCGACCUCUGAUAAGCGUCAGGCGCUGGGUGCAGGCCUUGCAACCAUAUACGGAGUAUAUAUAUAUAUAUAUAUAUAUAUAUAUAGCCAUGCCUUAUACAUGACGGAGCGGAUAUAUUCUAUUCGAUUCACAGGGGAGCCAGGGCCAGAGCGAAAGGCGAAAGUAUAUAUAU